AUGGAGUUUGCAGCAAAAAAUUGGAACAAGAUUGGAGAUGCUCUUAGAGAUACUCAUAGUUGGUAUCAGAUGCAUUCUUUGAAGUUUGGAAUUUGGAGUUUAGACUUGGUUGUGGUGGCUGAUCCGGAAGCAUACACUUACGAUGAAGAAGUGAUCAAGAAAGCAGAAGCCAUGGGAAAACCGGGGCUCAUUGAGAUCCAUCCGAAAGAUGAUAGCUUUAUAUUCACCGUUGAAACCACAGGUUCAGUGAAGGCUUCACAGCUAGUACUGAAUUCCAUAGAUAUCCUGAAGCAGAAGCUUGAUGCAGUUCGUCUCUCAGACGACACUGUAGAAGCUGAUGAUCAAUUCGGUGAGCUCGGUGCCUAUGUGCGUGGAGGUUGA